AUGGCCAGGUGUCAACCACGUUUCCAGUCCGAGGACCAGAGACCCCAGCCUAACUUCUCAGGGUCCCCCCUGCAGGUGAUAGUGGGCGAAGAAAUCCCAGGACCACCAGACCCCCGGGUAGAUUCCAGUCCCCUGCCUCAGUCCCCUGGCCGAAAGAGGAGGAGGGAGUGGUCAGCAGAGGAAGAGGAGGAGACUGCCCCUGGAGCUGAGGACAUGUGGGUCGUGGAGAUGCUGUGUGGGCUCAAGAUGAAAUUGAAGAGGCAGCGGGUGUCUCCAGUUCUACCUGAACACCAUGAGGUCUUCAAAAGGCUGCUCGAGGAUCCUGUCAUUAAAAGAUUCCUAGCCUGGGACAGAAAUCUGAGGGUGUCUGACAAGUAUCUCCUAUCUAUGGUCAUAGCUUAUUUUAGCCGUGCUGGCCUCUUCUCCUGGCAGUACCAGCGAAUUCAUUUCUUCCUGGCCCUUUACCUGGCCAAUGAUAUGGAAGAGGAUAACCAGGCCCCCAAACAGGCCAUCUUUUCCUUCCUCUAUGGGAAGAACCUCUCCCAGCGUUCUUUGUUCCACAAACUGCGAUUCCAAUUCUUCCGUUUCAUGGGCUGGAAGACAAGGGUCACCAAGGAAGAGUGUGAGGAGAUCCAGGCCUUUGAUCCAGAGCUCUGGGUAUGGAAGCGAGAUCGUGCCCUCAUUCCUGAGAUGAUGGAGGCCUGAGGUCAUUGGCCUGAAGGAAGAUCACUGAGCCCAGGGGAGAUUCAAGUUUUCAGCAGGAAGUCAAUCCAGACAUUAAUGACAGACAUGAGGAAGGGAAAGAGGAGCCUCUUAAGAAGAUAAUCUAGAAGAACCCUGAAUAUUCUAGAAUGAGCAGAAUAUAGUUAUCAUGUUGUAGUCCUAGGAGCUGGGGAUACAACUUCUAGGAGUCU